AUGAGAAGGGUGUUUCCCUGGUCUUGCAGGAGACACUCGCACCGCGGAAAGCCCACUGUGACGCUCUUCUCCACCGAGGCGUGCACUCUGUGUCAUGAUGUCGUGCAGGAAUUGCAACCCUUCCAGGAGAGAAUCGAGCUGGAGGUUGUGGAUAUUGGCCGGAAGGAGAAUGUGAGAUUCCUGCGGCUGUACAGAUACGAUAUCCCUGUGAUCUUCCUCAAUGGGGAGUUUAUCAGCGAACAUAGACUGAAUUUGCAGCUCUUCCGGCGGAAACUGGAAGAGUUUGAGCUCUAUGAGUGAAGGUAAAUGCCAAUAAAUCCAUGUUCUCUUAUCAGGAAUCACUGUUUUCUUAUCAGAAAGCGUGAUUUCGCAAGCUUUUCCACGCCACUUAGCGAAGACAAGCACUUCUAAGACGAUUUCCAUUAAGAGAUCUUCUCUUAAAAAUAAGACCAUGUGAAGAUCAUUCAAACGAAAUGGAUAAACCUUUGCUCUAAUCAACUUAA